AUGCGCGAAUUGAUCACUUGUGUGUUAUUAUUACCUAUCUAUUUUAUCAGUGCAGCUCGUGUGGAGACAGUCGGUCGACCGGAGCACUCUUUAGUACGUGAUCCAAACACACAUUUACCGUCAGAUACUGAAUUGCGAGUUAUUCACGAAGCCUCCAGGUCUUUAUGCCACGCCGAGGGCAGGGCGUUCCAGUGUAUGCCACCAUUUACCAAUGUAGCAGAAGGGGCUCCGGUGAUUGCCUCUUCCACCUGUGGAGAACGAGACAAAUCGGAAGAAUUUUGUCGCUAUCGGAUCGAUCAAUCCGGUCGAACACAUUCUGAAUGCGAACAAUGCAACCCGCAAGAAAAGUUUCAUCCGAAACACCUGACAGAUCGACAUCAGAUGAACAAUGAAACCUAUUGGGUUUCCGGUCCUGUACGUGCUGGUCAAACGGUCAAUCUAACUCUCUCUUUGGGCAAACGAUUUGAAAUUUAUUACAUUUCCCUGCAACCUCAUGGUCGUUUGCCAGACUCGAUUGCACUUUACAAAUCGGCUGAUUUCGGUCAGACAUGGCAACCAUGGCAGUACUUCUCAACCGACUGUUAUCGAGCAUUCCGACUGCCGACCAGCAAUGAGCACACGGCACAAAUCUCAGCAGCCAACAUUCAGGAGGUUUUGUGUGUUGCUCUUAAAUCGCCCGAUAUGCAUGAGGCAUUCGGACAAUCAGCAAAGGUGAUCGCAUUUAGUACGACAAUCGGUAGACCGUCUAGCCAACCAUGGAGUUCGGCUCUGAUAGAUUGGAUGACUAUGACUGACCUUCGAGUCAGUCUUUCUUUGUUCCCCGAUCACACGCAAAUCACACCACAUGAUGCUGGCGGAUUGCUUCUGACACCAAGUUUACUGAGCCCGGCCAAUGUUUUUCGUGUUGGAGAUGGGAAUUCAAUGCAAAUGUCCGCCGGCACCUUAGGCAUGUCUCGUAAUCAGUAUCAGUCAGAUGCAGCGUCUUUGCAAGUUCCGCAUGGUGAUAGCCCGGUGCAUUUUGCAUUCUCUGACAUGGCAAUCGGUGGUCGAUGCAAGUGUAAUGGUCACGCCAAUCGAUGUGUUCGUGAUCGGGUGACAGACCCCAAAACGGGGACGGUUGACGGUUGGGGACCGUUAAGAUGCGACUGUCAACAUAACACCGCGGGAACGGAUUGCGAGCGAUGUGCACCGGGCUACUUGGAUCGACCAUGGGCACGUGCAACAACUGAGUCGGCUAACGAAUGUAAACGUAAGUGA